AUCCAACUACACAAACUCAAACGAGUAGCCCAGUGUGUCUUCGUACACCUUCUCCUAUUUGUGUGCGUUAAAUUCAUCAUCUUCUUCUCUUUGGAGAGAGAAAGUGACAUUUGUAGAGAGAGAAUUUAUAGACACAGAGAGGCUAUACAUAUAGAUUGAUAGAGAAUGAGUGGACCAGUGAAGAAAGUGACGGAUAUAGCGUUCAAGGCCUCGAAGAGCAUCGAUUGGGAUGGCAUGGCGAAGAUGCUCGUCUCCGAUGAAGCUCGUAAGGAGUUUUUCAGUCUCCGUCGUGCUUUUGAUGAAGUCAACACCACUCUUCAAACAAAGUUUAGUCAGGAACCAGAACCUGUGGACUGGGAAUACUACAGGAAGGGAAUUGGCUCCCGCUUGGUUGACAUGUACAAGGAAGCAUAUGACAGCGUUGAAAUUCCAAAGUAUGUGGACGAGGUGACUCCAGAAUACAGACCCAAGUUUGAUAAACUGUUGGUAGAAUUGAAAGAAGCAGAACAACAAUCUUUGAAGGAGUCGGAAAGACUUGAAAAAGAAAUUGCGGAUGUGCAGGAACUUAAGAAGAAGCUUAGUACCAUGACUGCAGAUGAAUACUUCGCAAAGCAUCCGGAGCUUAAAAAGAAGUUUGAUGAUGAAAUUCGAAAUGAUUACUGGGGUUAUUGAGUGGUCUAACUCUGAGUAUUACCACCUUUGUUAGCACCUCCCUCUUUAAGUUUUCAGAAAUAAAGGAAAAAAUAGAUGCCAAUGAUCUUGUUUAUGGUAUUUUUUUUUGUAAACUAUAUUGUAUCUUUGUCUUGCAAUAUUUUUGAACUCGCCCUCUCACUCAAGAGAAGUGUAUGGAGAAAUGAGAUUGAUUUUCAUCAUCAA